AUGUUCCUUCCAGCCGGUGGCUCAAGGAGCCACCACCGUCGCCACACGCCGCCAUUUUUGGCGGCACCGGUUCCAAAAGAACCGCAACCUCUCCCUCUUCCCGUCCCGCCUCAGCCCAGCCGCCACAACCGCCGGUUUUGGCCGGAAAAUGAGGAAAAUGGCCGGAUUUUCGCACGGCUUUUCAAUCUCUCGUUCUCUUUCCUCCGGCCACCGUUUCCGACGAAUGAGGGGCUUAUUGUCAGCCAUUCAAAAAAUCCAUAA